AUGGGCCUCCUGCAGGACAUGACGCAGAGGCUGCCAACGACAAAAGAGAGCCUGGACAGAUUCGACGACCUCUCGCGCCGUGCUGAAAAGACGACUCCUCGAUUGUCCUUCUUCCGCCGCCGGGUACGACUGAAGGGAUCUUCGUCCGUUUCCAUUCCACUGGGCCUGGUGCUCCUCUUUCCAUGUCUUGUAAUAAUCAUAAUCAUAAUUCUUUUUGUGAGGUCGCCAGACUCUCAGGGUAUUAUGAACAUGCCUGCGGGCACCCCGCCGUCAAUAAGAAAGAUCAGCGAAAAAUAUGACAAGCCCUUCGCUGUAGGCUGUCUCGAGCCCCAGGUCAACGGACCCCGAGCAAACGCUGCCUUCGUAGUGCUAGCAAGAAACAAGGAGCUAGACGGCGUCAUACAGUCGAUCAAAUCCAUCGAGAGACAUUUCAAUCGGUGGUUCCACUACCCAUACGUCUUCCUCAAUGACGGCGACUUCAACGAGACAUUCAGGGAGGUGGUCUUGAAGCACGUUAGUGCUCCGGUCGAGUGGGGCAAGAUAACGCCAGAGCAGUGGGGCUUCCCAGACUGGGUCGACCCUGAUGUUGCUAAGGAGGGCAUCGCAAAGCAGGGAGACAAUGCCAUCAUGUACGGUGGUAUGGAGAGCUACCAUCACAUGUGUCGGUUCUACUCAGGUAAAUUCUACCAGCACGAAUUACUUGCCAAAUACGACUGGUACUGGCGUCUCGAACCGGAGAUUAAGUACUUCUGCGAUAUCACAUACGACCCUUUCAUCCACAUGAUUCGGAACAAGAAGACGUACGGCUUUACAAUUGCUGUGAAAGAGUUGAGGGAGACGGUGCCCAACAUCUGGAGAUAUGCAUCGGCAUAUAAACGAAACAACAACCUUACUUCCAAGGGCAUGUGGGAAAUGUUCGUCGAGAAGCCUAAACCUGAGGACGAGAAUGCACAAAAGAAUGAGCCCAAACCGAAGAAGAACUUCUUCCCACAAGACAUUAUGGACUCGGAAUUCGGCUCAGACGCGUUGCCUGAGAUCCACCCCGAAAACAUGGAGGGCGAAUCGUACAACAUGUGCCAUUUCUGGAGCAACUUUGAGAUUGCCAACCUGAACUGGUUCCGUAGCCAGGAGUACAACGAUUUCUUCGAAUUGAUGGAUCGCAGCGGUGGUUUCUGGAUGGAGAGAUGGGGAGACGCGCCCAUCCACUCGUUAGCUGUGGGAGCACUGCUUGGCCCCGAAGACAUUCACUACUUCCGCGACUUUGGGUACCGGCACACUACUAUUCAGCAUUGUCCGGCCAAUGCCCCUGCACGACAGCUGCCUAGAGACCCCUACCUGGAGCUGACGACCGAGAACGAGAAAGAGCGAAUUGAGGAAGACAAGUAUUGGGCGACGCCAGACCCUGUCAAAGAAAACGGCGUCGGGUGCCGUUGUAAGUGUGACACGGAUAUCGUCGAGGUGGAAGGCAAAGAAGGGUCUUGCUUCCCUGAGUGGGUCGAGGUGGCGGGCGGUUGGGCUUCGCCCUAG